CUCACGCGCUCUUCUCAUGCGACAUGAGUGAUUCGAAUUUGAGUUGCUAUAGCGACGCGUGUUAUGAAUUCUGACUGAAUAUAUACACUCGAACCGAUCACUGUCUGUUGGUUGAGAGACGAGGCGAAUUUACAGACUUUUGCAGAGUAUUUUCUGUGCGAUUCUUGUGACUUUGAAGCUGUUCGGAGGAUUUCUGAGAGGAGACUUUUAUUCUAGAAGACAUCGCAGGAUAUAUCCUUUUUAUAUAAAGUUAUAUUUUUGAAAGAAUUCCUAUUAUUUUUGAGGAUACUUUUAUUGUUCUUCUCUUAGUUUAGGAGUUUGUUUUUAUUUCUUUUUUUUUUCUUUUCUUUUUUUCUUUUUUUUUCUUGGGAGGAGUAUUUCUGAGGAGAGUUGUAUUUUAUUGUAUUGCAUUUUGUAUUGUAUUUUGUAUAGUUUUUAUUGCAGAUUGCAGGAAGAUGUCGAUGGCUCACAUGAUGGGUGAAAGAGGAGGUCAGGCUCACAUCAGCGGUGAUGUGGUGUCCAGGUCCGACAGCGUCGAUGGAUUGCUGUGCCCUCCGCUGACAGGUCAAGUUCCUGUCGAGCCAAAGGAGACGUCACGUGGCCUAACUGCCCAGGGUGCCAUGGAGGCUUCUCCUGUGAGCGAGAGCUCAACAGAAAAACCUACAGAACGCAGGAAGAGGAAAAGAAUUCGUUCUUUCCUCAACAGGCUGUGGAAGGCGAUGAAGAGUCCUUUCCGGUGCUGUUGCCCCUGUAGUGAUGUGAAUGUUGUGGAGCCUUUUGUCCCUCCACCAGAUCUGGAGCCAGAGCCUGAUCCCGAGCCACCAUCACCUGCUCCAGAUCAGUCCGGCGUCAAGCCAAUCAAUGAAAAACCUAUAGAACGCAGGAAGAGGAAAAGAAUUCGUUCUUUCCUCAACAGGAAGGCAAUGAAGAGUCCUUUCCGGUGCUGUUGCCCCUGUAGUCAUAUGAAUGUUGUGGAGCCUUUUGUCCCUCCACCAGAUCUGGAGCCAGAGCCUGAUCCCGAGCCACCAUCACCUGCUCCAGUUCCCUCCAGCGUCAAGCCAAUCAAUGAGUCCUUUGAGGCUCUGUAUAACUUGGGAGAGAUGCUUGGAUCCGGAGGAUUUGGCAGGGUGUACGAGGGAACGCGCAAAUUUGAUGGCAAAAAGGUUGCCAUCAAGCAGAUGCUCAAGAUUGACAACGAUCGUUAUCUUCGUAUUCCUGGGCACCCCAAACCUCUCGUUACCGAAGUGGCGCUGCUGCUGAUGAUGAGGCGAGAACCCGUAAGCCCCUUCGUCAUACAUCUGUACGAGUGGUUUGAACAUCCUCAAACGUUCACUCUCGUUAUGGAGUACCCGGAACCCUGCGAGAGCCUGCGUGACUUCAUCACCCGUAACCCUCGACUGUGUGAACCAGUCGCACAGGUCAUCGUGCUACAGGCUCUGCUGGCGGUACAACACUGCAUCGAACAUGGUGUUUUUCACCAUGACAUCCAUGCUCACAAUUUCCUGUUGAACAAAGACACGUUUCAUCUCACGCUGAUAGACUUUGGCUGCGGUCAGCUAUUUAGUAGCGAUGGCUACGAGAGCGACAUAUACAUCGGAGCACCGGCUUACUGCCCACCUGAAGUCCUGACCAAACCUCGCUUCCACGCCGUCCCAACAAAUGUCUGGUCCCUAGGAGUCUUGUUGUAUAAGAUGGUGAACGGAUGUUGUCCUUUUGGCAGUAGAAGAGAAAUCAAACGGGCCAAAAUUACAUUUCAGAACUCCACAUUAUCCGAAGAAUGUACAGAUCUGAUUAGCCAGUGCCUAGCCCGGGAUCCCACGAAACGGCCGACGUUAGAGCAGAUGUUUCAGCAUGAAUGGAUUACAAGUGAUCUAGAUUGGGAAAGUUCAGGAGAUUCAAUCCGUCUGUGAUUUCAGGAAAUAACAUACUUGAUGUCCUUGGUGGAAGACUUGACCCGAAGCCUGAAGUCCAAGCCCAGCAUGAGAGGGAACUCGGAGCCCGUCCACGUCUGAGCGAGAACACGAGAGACCGAGAGACUGGAACCAAAUCAUCGAGUCAUCACAGCCACAUUUGCUUUGUUUUAAAAUUAAUUUUUGCUUUGUUUUUAAAAAGUCAAGACAUGUCAUCUUUAUUUAUAUAGCGCCUCAUAUAUGACCAAUCUGUACAUAUGUAUAUAUCAUUUUUGAAUUAAAGAAAUGUUUUUUAAUGGUCUCGGCCUAUGAGGAAUCUUUUGAAGUAAAAGGCAAAGACCUAUUUUUUGUGCUUCCCGAAAUAAAACUUAAUAAAAAUGUAAAUAAAACUCUACAUGAUAUCAAAUGUUUGGAGGUUUC